UUCCUUCCUUCCUCUAAACUUUUGUCUCUAGGGUUUCUCCUUUCAUGGUUUACUCAGUAUAACUAAAUGGAUUUUGCCCUCCACGAAUCCUCCUGUGAUGUUCAUGGCGAUCAUGGCAAUGAAAACGAAUCUUUUUCUUGGUUUGAUAACCAUAAUUAUUAUAACUGUGUUCAUGCUAACGGUAGGAGGGGAAAGCAUUGACUCGACUACAUGCGUGUGCAAUAGGAACAUUUGCAACGCUGUAACCCUGGGUGCUGUCGAUUUCCAGACAUCGGGGGAAACAUGCCAAAAUAUGGAAGGAGAGUUAUUGACAGUUCGAUCUGCAGCAUCAGACGAAAUUAUUGGAGAUUUGCUUGUAGGCUUAACGGGAGACUUCUGGAUCGGUUUGCGCCUACAAGCUGACCGAUGUAGCAACAUCGAAUCGAAAUUGAGAGGAUAUCAGUGGGCAACUGGAUUUCAAAUCACAGAAUUCAGCAACUGGAAAGACAACGUAAAUGUCUGCGCUCCACGGUGUGUGUCCGUUUCUACCGAUCGAAAGUGGACAGAACGACCUUGUCAGGAAAAAGUCGAUGGAUUUUUGUGUCAGAAUGUUCAUGAAAGCAUGUGCCAAACACCGCAAAUGGAGGCUCAAGAGUUUUUGAAGGAUGGUGAAGGAUGCGCUAUGGCUCCUUGCGAACAUAUAUGCACAGAGGUACCAGGGGGCUACACAUGCUCGUGUAAAGAAGGAUAUAUUCCAAGUAGCGAAAAUCCGCACUUUUGUAAAAUGCACUGUUUUUUGGCCAAAUGUCCAGUAAUAUGCGACAGACACAGCGCCGGGACACAAUGUGAUUGUCCUAGUGGCUUCAUAAAGAGUGACGAUUAUUGCCAAGAUAUUGACGAAUGCGACAAUGGAUAUUGUGAUCAAAGUUGUGUUAACACGGCUGGAAGUUUUGUUUGUUCGUGCAGUGCAGGAUUUUCCCUUCAAAAUCUCGUUAAAUGUGUCAAAACAGUCGGAAAUGAAAGUGUUCCCUUAACAACGCCUGUCCACAGCGACUUUUUAGCGCCAGGUGUUAACUUUACAAGUAAUGUAUCAUCAGCAACAGCGGGGGGGUUUCUUUGGGUAUGGAUUUUCAUUGCAGUGGCGGUCAUAGUACUGAUACUUGUUGUUCGGUAUUGUGUUAUUAAGCGUCAUGAGCAGAAUGUCGAUAGCCAACAGAGAUGUAAUGACGAGGCGUUAUAGAAACCAGUGACUGCCACAUUAAGGAAUGAGGAAAAGCUACUCAAGUUGGGGAGGGGGUUCAAUGCUACUGUUGUGACUGUUGUUCAAUAUUACUUCUAGAGCCAUGUUGUCAUAAAUGUUAUGGACCCUAAAUAAAGAUGUCUAAAAAGAAACAACGAAUGACUUAUAGCAUUUUCAUAUGUAGAACAUUCUCAUAAUGGUUGCUAAAUAGUGUAUGAUAAAUAAAAACGGUUUAUGAAUCAUAAAAAUGUAAAAUAAAAGUUAACAUUUCGUUGAUGGAUACCCUACAAAUGAUACACAUACGCAUACACAUUUACAGACAAGGGCAUAUGGUUCUUUAAAUCAAAGUAAUAUAACAAUUGGUUGCUUAAGUGUCUCCUGACCCCUCCUGUCUCAGCCUCCAGUAUUUAUGCUGCAGUAGUUUAUGUGUCGGGGGACUGGGGUCAGUUUGUUAUAUCUGGAGUACUUCUCCUGUCCUAUUCGGUGUCCUGUGUGAAUCUAAGUGUGCGUUCUCUAAUUCUCUCCUUCUCUCUUUCUUUCUCUCUCUCGGAGGACCUGAGCCCUAGGACCAUGCCCCAGGACUACCUGACAUGAUGACUCCUUGCUGUCCCCAGUCCACCUGGCCGUGCUGCUGCUCCAGUUUCAACUGUUCUGCCUUAUUAUUAUUCGACCAUGCUGGUCAUUUAUGAACAUUUGAACAUCUUGGCCAUGUUCUGUUAUAAUCUCCACUCGGCACAGCCAGAAGAGGACUGGCCACCCCACAUAUGUGCUCUCUAAUUCUCUCUUUCUUUCUCUCUCUCGGAGGACCUGAGCCCUAGGACCAUGCCCCAGGACUACCUGACAUGAUGACUCCUUGCUGUCCCCAGUCCACCUGGCCGUGCUGCUGCUCCAGUUUCAACUGUUCUGCCUUAUUAUUAUUCGACCAUGCUGGUCAUUUAUGAACUUUUUAACAUCUUGGCCAUUUUCUGUUAUAAUCUCCACCCGGCACAGCCAGAAGAGGACUGGCCACCCCACAUAGCCUGGUUCCUCUCUAGGUUUCUUCCUAGGUUUUGGCCUUUCUAGGGAGUUUUUCCUAGCCACCGUGCUUCUACACCUGCAUUGCUUGCUGUUUGUGGUUUUAGGCUGGGUUUCUGUACAGCACUUUGAGAUAUCAGCUGAUGUACGAAGGGCUAUAUAAAUAAAUUGGAUUUGAUUUGAUUUAAUGUCACGGACCAUUAAUGCUUUUGAUAAUAUUAAUGUGGCCUAAUUAUUAUACUGUUAUAAUUAGUACUACACUAUGAAUGGUCAAAAUGUACAAGCUGAAGGAGGUCCUGAGCUUACCCAUGAUGUUAUAUUCAGAUUUGGUACAAUCACUUUUUAUCCACCCUGCUGUUAUUAUCGGUAUUGUAAAAUAAAGCCCCAAGAACAUCCAUUAAGGACACGUUUGUGUUACUUUUUUUGGUGAAAAAAUAAAUAAAGAAAUAUAUAUAUCCCAGAUA